AUGCUAAAGCCUGAUACCUCUUCGUCAACCUCUCCCUCUGCACCUGUAGCUUCCCCUUCUUCAGCAGAGGCUCGUCCGCCGGGUCCACGCUAUCAUUUCGGGCCCCAGGAGACGCCUCAGAGCCGCACUUCAGCUCAGGCUGCCUCUGCAUCGUCUCCGCCCGGCACUUCGGGGAUGGUGGGCGACAGGAGCAGCAGCAGCAGUGUCCCGCCGCAGGCACCCAACUCCUGGCCAGCUCAAGGUUCCUACUUUAGAACCAGAAGAUUCUAUGCAGAAAAUAUAGAUCAAUCAAAAUUUACUUUUGGUGCAAGCUCAUCUUCUGUACAAGACACUAAUUAUCCUCAAAUACUGAAAACUCCAUUGUCUGCUGGGAACCCCCAGAGAUCAGGUUGUAGAAGCUGGACACCUCAAAUGGGAUAUUCAGCUACGUCCUCAUCUGCAGUUUCUGCACACGCUCCAUCAGUAAUUGUAGCUGUUGUAGAAGGGAGAGGACUUGCCAGAGGCGAAAUAGGAAUGGCAAGUAUUGAUUUAAAAAACCCACAAAUUAUAUUAUCCCAGUUUGCCGACAACACAACAUAUGCAAAGAAUGUAAAUUUCACUACUGUCCAAAGGAAAUACUUCAAUGAAACAAAAGGACUAGAAUACAUUGAACAGUUAUGCAUAGCAGAAUUCAACACUGUCCUCAUGGAGGUUCAGGCCAAGUAUUACUGCCUUGCAGCAGUUGCAGCUUUGCUAAAAUAUGUUGAAUUUAUUCAGAAUUCAGUUUAUGCACCAAAAUCGCUAAAGAUUUGUUUCCAGGGUAGUGAGCAGACAGCUAUGAUUGAUUCCUCAUCAGCCCAAAACCUUGAAUUGCUAGUUAAUAAUCAAGAUUCUAGGAACAAUCACACACUCUUUGGUGUUCUAAAUUAUACCAAGACUCCUGGAGGGAGCAGAAGACUUCGUUCAAAUAUACUGGAACCUCUGGUUGAUAUUGAAACCAUUAACAUGAGAUUAGACUGUGUUCAAGAACUACUUCAAGAUGAGGAACUAUUUUUUGGUCUUCAGUCAGUUAUAUCAAGAUUUCUUGAUACAGAACAACUUCUUUCUGUUUUAGUCCAAAUUCCAAAGCAAGAUACGGUUAAUGCAGCUGAAUCAAAGAUAACAAAUUUAAUAUACUUAAAACAUAUCUUGGAGCUUGUGGAUCCUUUAAAGAUUGCACUGAAGAACUGUAACACACCUUUAUUAAGAGCUUACUAUGGUUCCUUGGAAGAUAGCAGAUUUGGAAUUAUACUUGAAAAGAUUAAAACAGUGAUUAAUGAUGAUGUAAGAUACAUGAAAGGAUGCCUGAAUAUGAGGACUCAGAAAUGCUAUGCAGUGAAGUCCAACAUAAAUGAAUUUCUUGACAUAGCUAGAAGAACAUAUACAGAAAUUGUAGAUGACAUAGCAGGAAUGAUUAACCAACUUGGAGAAAAAUAUAAUCUUCCUCUAAGGACAAGCUUUAGCUCUGCUCGAGGAUUUUUCAUCCAAAUGAGUACAGAUUGUAUACACCUACCCAGUGAUCAACUUCCUUCGGAAUUUAUUAAGAUUUCUAAAGUGAAAAAUUCUUACAGCUUUACAUCGGCAGAUUUAAUUAAAAUGAAUGAAAGAUGCCAAGAGUCUUUGAGAGAAAUCUAUCAUAUGACUUACAUGAUAGUGUGCAAACUGCUUAGCGAGAUUUACGAACACAUUCACUGCUUAUAUAAGCUGUCUGACACUGUGUCCAUGCUGGAUAUGCUGCUUUCAUUCGCUCAUGCCUGCACUCUUUCUGACUAUGUUCGACCAGAGUUUACGGAUACUUUGGCAAUCAAACAGGGAUGGCAUCCCAUUCUUGAAAAAAUAACUGUGGAAAAACCAAUUGCCAACAAUACCUAUAUUACAGAAGGGAGUAAUUUUCUGAUCAUAACUGGACCAAAUAUGAGUGGAAAAUCAACAUAUUUAAAACAAAUUGCUCUUUGCCAGAUUAUGGCCCAGAUUGGUUCUUAUGUUCCUGCAGAAUAUUCUUCUUUUAGAAUUGCUGAACAAAUUUUUACAAGAAUCAGUACUGAUGACGAUAUUGAAACAAAUUCAUCAACAUUUAUGAAGGAAAUGAAAGAGAUAGCAUAUAUUCUGCAUAAUGCUAACGACAAAUCACUCAUCUUAAUUGAUGAACUCGGUAGAGGUACUAAUACAGAAGAAGGAAUUGGAAUUUGUUAUGCUAUUUGUGAAUAUCUGCUGAGUUUAAAGGCAUUUACACUGUUUGCUACACAUUUUCUGGAAUUAUGCCAUAUAGAUGCCCUUUAUCCUAAUGUGGAAAACAUGCAUUUUGAAGUUCAACAUGUGAAAAAUACCUCAAGAAAUAAAGAAACCAUAGUUUAUACAUACAAACUUUCUAAAGGACUCACUGAAGAAAAAAAUUAUGGGUUAAAAGCUGCAGAGGCAUCAUCACUACCACCAUCAAUUGUCUUAGAUGCCAAAGAAAUCACAACUCAAAUGACCAGUCAAAUUUUGCAAAACCAAAAAAGUACCCCUGAUAUGGAAAGACAGAGAGCAGUGUACCAUCUCGCCACUAGGCUUGUUCAAACUGCUCGGAACUCUCAGCUGGAUCCAGAAGGCUUACGAAUGUAUUUAUGUAAUCUCAAGAAGAAGUAUCAAGCUGAUAUUCCCAAACCUGAACAAGUUGAAGAAAACACUGAUGAACAAUAA